AUGUCGAACCCCGAGUGCCUGCAGGUGUCCUGCUCCCAGCCCUGUGCCUACAGCAGGAGCCUGGAGCCCUGCGUUGCCUCCUGCGGAGAUUCCAGAGCCGUCGUGUUCCCUCCUCCCGUCGUCCUCACCUUCCCCGGCCCCACUCUCAGCACCUGCUCCCAGGAGAGUGUUGUGGGAGCGUCCUAUCCCUCGGUUUUUGGUGCUCCAAGCAUCUCUGAUGAGUUCUCUGGGGUGGGGAACUCCUUUGGGCCUGGGGGAAUGGCAGGGACGGGAGGAUCCUUUGGAUCUGGGGGCUCCUUUGGCUACGGAGGCUCCUCGGGGAUCGCCUUUGGGCGUGGGGGCUCCUUUGGCUCUGGAAUGCAGAAUUCCCGUGGGUCCUGUGGGUAUGGAAGUGUGCUGGGGGCGAAGGGUUCCUAUGGAUGUGGGGGUGCCUUUGGCUACGGAGGCUCCUCGGGAAUGGGGGGCUCCGUUUACGGCCGGAGGUCCCGCGGAUCCUGCCUGGGGAACUGGGGCUCAUCCUAA